UCAAGAAUCGGAAUCGAAGUCCGCCUGUGUCUCUCUCUCUCGUCUCUCUUCCCUCUGCGUUGGGGGGCAUCGCACAGAGCGCGCCCUCCCUCGGCCAUGGCUCCCCCGCGCGUCGCCUCCUCUCGCCCUCCUCCUGCUACCUCCUCCACCUCGUCCACCUCUUCGUCCACCUCCUCCGCGUGGUCUCCCCGCGGCCUCGCGUCGUGCGUGCGCGCCGCGUGGCGUGACCGCCGGCGUCUGCUCACGGAGCCGGACUGCACGUGGCUUUUGGGGGGGGCUCUGCUCCUCGCCGAGGUGCUGCUCAACGCGUGGAUCAUCCGCGCAGUGCCCUACACGGAGAUCGACUGGAGAGCGUACAUGGAAGAGGUGGAGGGGGUGAUGAACGGGACCUUUGACUACAUGAAACUGCAGGGGGGCACCGGACCCCUCGUCUACCCUGCGGGUUUCGUGUAUGUCUACUCGCUGCUGUACCACGUGACGGAGCGCGGCGUGGACGUGCGCAGGGCUCAGUACAUCUUCGCUGUCCUCUACCUCGUCACCCUCGUCCUCGUCUUCCGCAUCUACGCGCGUGUCCGACGGGUGCCACCCUACGCGCUCUUCUUCAUGUGCUGCGCCUCGUACCGCGUGCACUCCAUCUUCGUGCUGCGCCUCUUCAACGACCCCGUCGCUAUGGCGAUCCUCUUCGCCUCAGUCAACCUCCUGCUGGACCGCCGUUGGACCCUGGGAUGCCUCGUCUUUAGCCUUGCCGUGUCGGUGAAGAUGAACGUGCUGCUGUUUGCGCCGGGGCUGCUCUUCGUGCUGCUGCGGGAGCUGGGCCCAGCGCGUGCUGUGCCGCGCCUGGCCGUGUGUGCCGCUCUCCAGGUGGUACUGGGCCUUCCCUUCCUACUGGCGAACCCGCUGGGCUACGCGACGAGGGCCUUCGACCUCGGGCGUAGCUUCCUGUAUGAGUGGACCGUGAACUGGCGCCUGCUGCCCGAAUGGCUUUUCCUGCACCGCGGAUUCCACGCCGCUCUGCUCGCCGCGCACCUCGCCGUGCUGCUCCUCUACGCCCACCGUCACUGGAGCCGGCCCGGGGAAGGCCUCCUAGGUCUCCUCAAAGCGCCCACGAAGAAAAAGAAGCGUGACCCAAUGACCGACGAUCAGAUGGCGUUCGUGCUCUUCUCGUCCAACCUGGUUGGCGUGUGUUUCGCGCGGUCCCUGCACUACCAGUUCUACGUGUGGUACUUCCACUCGCUGCCCUUCCUGGUCUGGUGCUGCCCUCUCGGCUCCGUGGCUCCGCUGCUGCGGGUGCUUGUGCUGGGCGUCAUCGAGCUGGCGUGGAACACGUACCCCUCCACAGAGAUCUCCUCCCUCGCCCUGCACGUCUGUCACGUGCUCAUCCUGCUCACGCUGAGGCCAACGCCUCCGCCCCCGCUCCCCACAGAUCCCGCAACCUCGACCACCCAUGCAAAGACGUCCUAGCGUUCAGAAGCCUUGCGUUCCCUACAAGCCGGUGGAGUAGCUAACAAGUGUGGAGGUCGGACAACGGCACCGGGGCGCCCAAGGGACCGAGCUACGACGUUUUGGGGCGGAAAUUGGAUGGGGUGCCCCAUUUAAUUUGUUUCCCUUUCACCAGGGCCCACGCCAAUCAUGUUACGCCACUAAUGCAAGUAAAACAAGGCGGCGUUAGGAAACCACAACAUGUACGAUAGCCACCGUGUCUCAACCCCGGCAGUGUUUUACUCCAAUGUGGAACAUUUAAGGCCAUUCGGGCAACCAAGCCUGACAGAAACCUAUUUACAGCUUGAGAAUGUGGCUGCCUACUAUUUCGUUGUUGUGCUGUACAGCUCUCGACAAUGUGUUUUCAGGUUGUACCGCUUGCUGGUCCAGUACGAUAUCCACCGUUUCACUCCGUAUUCUGGGAGCUGCUUCAAGAACUCAAGCGCCCAGUGCAAAACGUUGCAUAUCAUGCAGACCCAACACACGGUACAACCUGAAAACAAAUCGGAGUGGCGACACGACAUUGCGUGUACGCUUGCAAGGUACUCGGGAAACUUGCAGGGCAGCCUGUUGCAGCUACAAUCAUGGUGGUGUCAUUGAAUAGUGUUUUUCUUUUGCCAAAAGUGUCCUCCUGACCCGAGUAAACAGGUGCACUUUUGAAACUAGCAUAGCAUUUGUCCACCUUUGCGCAAGGUGGGGCAAAGCAGAAUUUUAUCUAACAAGUGAAAUGUUUCGACUGCAGCACGGUCUUCAUCAGAUGCAUCAUCUGACGAAUGUUGUCAUCAGAGGUGCUAAUUUGCAUGCACAUCUGCACACAAUGUGGUAGUUUUGUGUAAAUUUGAAAAUGGAGCUUAAUCGAUGACUCCAUCUUGUCUCCUCGAUGUCUGAAAAUGUCUCUUGAAAAACAAAAGGCUGGUGAGUCAUGACUUGUCAUGAUAAUUCACGUUCCCUGCAACCCUAAGUAUUCACUGGAUUUUUAGUCGCCGUUGAUGUGCGAACUGGAAUUAAAUGAACGAGACGGAUAAAUGUGCGUCUCCACUCAGGGACUCGCGAGAGGCAGCACACUGGCAUGGCUGCACAUCGAUAAUGAAGUUAAUUUUUAAUCAAAAGCCGGACAAUUAUAAAAUGUACCGUUGUCUUGCUGUCUGCCAUUGUACAACUGGGCCGAGCCAACCUGGUGCAGCUCAAGAGGUGCCAGAUUGUUUUUCCACUGCAGAAUGCGAGUCAUGACACGGAUGUCACACGAAUUAACAAGUUGAGACGCGUGUAGAUGACGUGACGCUGUGUCCUCCGUGUACGACUGACGUCACGUGCAAUAAAAGCAUGAGAAGCCACACCCCCUGGCCCUGCUUGGCCAAACCCGAUGUCUUGAGACCAGCAUAUCAUAGUUUGGUUCUUAUUCACUGCAGGCAUCAGGAGGGCAUGGCAAUGUCUUGGCUCAGAUGUAUGAUUGUAAUUCUCUGAGCAUCCAUUGGGCUACGAAGUCCAUUGUCCCGUAAAAGCACACGAUACUCCAUAAA